UUUAGGGUUUAGUGGAAACUUAGGGUUGUAGUGGAGGGGAUGAGGGACGCCGAUGGCGCCGAGAGGGCGCUUCUCGCUUUCCUGGAGUCGAAUGCCGAGAUUUCCAAUUCCGAGGCGUUUGCGCGGGAUCUAGGCGUGGAUCACGAGCUGCUGGCGGGGACGAUCAAGAGUUUGCACGGAUUUGGCUUCAUUGAGGCCAAGGAUGUGAGACGGGAGUCGUGGGAGUUGACGGAGGAGGGGCUGGUGUACAGCCGGAAUGGCUCCCCCGAGGUACAAGUGUUUGACGCGGUUCCGGCUGGAGGGAUUUCGCGAGAAGAUUUGCAGAGAAAGCUGGAUGACAGUGUGUUUUCCAUUGGUUUCCGCAAAGCAAUGAGUAACAAGUGGCUGGAGACCAAGCCAUUGGUUUCUCGUAAGGUUUUGAAGGUUGAGGAUGUUGUGAAACAACAGCUACUAGACGUUAAGGAUGGCAAGAACUUAUCAGCGGCUGACAUUGAUGCUUUGAAAAAACGGAAGCUUAUAGUUCCUAAGGUAUGGAAGGCGUAUUCCAUAACAAAGGGAGCGAAUUACGCUCCAACGAGAACGAAAGCGGCAACUGAGGUUACUCGUGAGAUGCUACUAAAGGAAACCUGGUCAGAGGUUGCAUUCAAACCGUACAAUUUCCAAGCUCUUGGACAACCAACGGAAGGUGGUCAUUUACAUCCAUUGCUGAAGGUGCGAACAAAGUUCAGGCAGAUUUUCUUGGAGAUGGGGUUUGAGGAGAUGCCUACGAACAAUUUUGUUGAAAGCAGCUUCUGGAAUUUCGAUGCCUUGUUCCAGCCGCAGCAGCAUCCUGCCCGGGACUCACACGACACAUUCUUCUUAAAAAGUCCUUGUAAAACGCAGACAUUCCCGGAAGACUACCUGGAGCGUGUGAAGACAAUCCAUGAACAAGGUGGCUUUGGUUCCAUUGGAUACAUGUACGAUUGGAAAAGGGAGGAGGCCGAGAAGAAUGUUUUACGUACACAUACGACUGCUGUUUCUUCUCGUAUGCUGUACAAAUUGGCCCAGGAUGGAUUUGUUCCCAAGCGUUAUUUCUCCAUUGAUCGUGUCUUUCGCAACGAAGCAGUAGACAGAACGCAUCUGGCAGAGUUCCAUCAAAUUGAGGGCUUGAUUUGUGACAAGGGCCUAACACUCGGAGAUCUCAUUGGGGUUCUUAAUGACUUUUUCUCUCGGUUAGGGAUGAAGAAGCUGAGAUUCAAGCCGGCGUACAACCCGUAUACCGAACCGAGCAUGGAGAUUUUCAGCUAUCACGAGCAGCUGAAUAAGUGGGUGGAAGUCGGAAACUCGGGCAUGUUUAGACCCGAGAUGCUCCUUCCAAUGGGACUUCCAGAUGACGUCUCUGUGAUUGCAUGGGGGCUAUCUCUAGAAAGGCCCACGAUGAUUUUAUAUGGCAUCGACAACAUAAGAGAUCUCUUUGGACACAAGGUCGACCUCAAGCUAAUCAAGUCAAACCCGAUUUGUCGGCUCGGCAUGUAGCCGAUAGAAACCGCAGCAUACCCAAAAAAGAAUCCGCGGCUUACUUUUUUAAAAGCUCGAGCUCUCUCAUUCUCUCUCUCCCGUGACAAAUUGACAAUGUCACGAUCCCAACCAAAAAUUUUUAGAUCCGUCGGUCUGCCGUUUUUCUCUAUUGAUAUUCCCAACGUACAGAAACAAAAUAUAUAUAAUCAAGCAGAAGAAA